AUGAAACGUCAAAAGUCACGCACUUUCAUCAGCCGCACCAUCUCGCGUGUCAAGUCUCGCAUUUCUUCAUUCGGGUCCACGACCGAAAGCCCCAAUCCACUCAUUGCUCCACCUUCGCCAUCUACCACCUUGAUCUCUGCGACUCCUACGCCUCGAGCAUGUCGGACCUUACCGCCGCGACGCACGGUACAUGGAACGUCGAUAGGCCAAAACGUUGAUCGGACAAGCCGUGAGGUCAACCGAGCUCCACCUGUUGAUGGACCGUCUGACCGGGAUGAGGCUUCGCGAUGGCCAGCGGUGGCUGCACUGGAGCUGAAGACAUCAACCUGGACAGUGUUUGGCACGCAUGCGAAGUAUCCGGCCACCGCCUAUGUCAAUUUCGAUAUCACCUGCGAGUACCAUGAGCACGUUGUCGGCAACUCCGGAGGUUCAGAGUUGCACCGUGAUUCAGCGAACGCGAAAGAAGGAGGAUUUCUCAUGGACCUGACAAUCAUUCCCACACUCACUGGACCAGGUGUCCUUCUCAAGCAAUAUGGGCAUGUCACCAAGAAGUCACUCUCUCCGGGCGAGCGUUGGAUGCUCGUUCUUCACAUUGGAAUCAAGGAUACAUCACUGGCAUCAAAGCUUUCCACCUCAUUCAGAUCCCUAGGCGGACGACUCGGCAAGGUUAGCAACGUGGAUGUGAUCAAUCGAUGGCUUGAGGUACUACAAAAGGACACGGCCCAGCCCGAGUUGGUUCGGCCUAAGCUUCUCGUCUCGGCACGGGUAGGGUUCCGCCACAGCAUGCUUCCUCAGACCACCUUACUCAUCGAGGAGCGGAUGACGGAGGUUGCCAUGACGGAGCAGGAGAUGGAACGUGCAAGACUUGGGGGAGUGAAGCUAGAAGACGUGGACGAGGAAGAGGAUGAGGAGCGAUUGAGAGAGAUGCGAGUGCUGGGAGCUCCAUGGCUCUGA